AUGGAAGAAUAUAAACCGGAACGUUACCUUCUCUUCAUAAGUCAUGCCUUACCUGAAGACAACGAGUUUGUACUCUGGUUAGCGGCCAAAUUGCGAAACGAAGGCUAUGAGGUCUGGAGCGAAGUGGAGCAGGUUCAUGGCGGAGAACAUUUUUGGAGGGAAAUUGAGGAUGUACUUCAAACUAAGGCCGUUAAAAUGAUAUUGGUAGCCUCUCAGAUUUCGGUUAAGAAAGAUGGGCGCGGUUUGCAAAUCUAUGAAUUAGCCAAUGGUAAACUCUGUUACUAUUACCCCCGGACAGAGUUAAGCGACGUUAAAGUCAAAUAUAACUAUCAAGGAAAGUCUCGUUUAAAGCAAUUGACUGGGGUUUAUCUUGGGGAGGAUUUUUGGCAUUACGGCAUUAGUUUUGCCGUGCGGCUGAAUCCGCUAUUGGCUAUCAGUGUAAAGGCGCACAUACUAUUCUCUAACGAUGGCAAAACGAUUUGGGACGAUAAGAAGGCCAUUCACUCGGCCCGACGUAAGAAAGGGAAGCGAAUGUUCAAUUCAGAAUGGCGCGAUCUAUUGUUGGCUUUCUUAAGCAGUUUGUCCGACGAUCAAGAGACAUUUAGCAUACCGAUUACGGCCCAAGAGCAACUUUGGCUGGCCACUACACCCAUAACUUUCAUUAGUGAUAAAGGGUAUGAAGAUCCCCAAGAUAAAGGUCGUCUGAUCCCUAUGGAUGACAGUGAAGAAGAACAUGGGGACGAUGAAGAGCGAAUAGAAUUUGACGCUGAAGCAGCCUUAGCCGAACUAGAAUUGAAGCCUAGGCUACGAUUUGCCUAUGGACAGCGACUAACUGAUCCUCGAGACGGCCUCACGUUAUAUGGUCCUUAUGAUAAGGGGCAAGUCAACAACUUUACGGUUGGCAUCAUCGGCACACCCGUCAGUACCACUCGCUUUAAGCGCUGGAUGGCUACGAUCCAAAAGCCAAUCUACUACCCAACACUGGAUAUGGCCAAGCCGUUUUUUCCCGGAUUUGAGGAGGUGUACGGUAUUCGAUUUAAUGACCAACAAUACGCACAGUUAACAAUAGAUCCAGGAGCACUGGAAACCUUUUUUCGCUAUACAGAUGACCACGUACGGAUUGCAAACAUUGUUGAUUUAUACGUCGAUGAGUUAGUUCGUUAUAAAGAAGAAGCUGACGUGCCGGUCAGCUUAUGGUUUGUGGUGAUUCCCGACAUGGUUUAUCAAUUAUGCCGACCACUAUCAAAAGUAACAAAGACAAAAGACACCUUCAACAUAGGUAUUAAAGACCUAAAUACCCGUCUAAAUGAAACUUUGUUCGAAGAUGAAGGACUAAAACAGAUGCGUCGAGCGUACGACUACGAAAAACAUUUUCACAACCAACUCAAAAUAAAGCUGCUAAGUCAUGGCAUCCUGACCCAAGUAAUCAGAGAAAAUACUAUUGCCUAUCAGGAAUUUACUGACAAGAAUGGCAAGCCCAAGAAAGACCUGUCAGCUUUUGAAACAGAUAUUGCUUGGAGCCUAACUACAUCCAUAUAUUACAAAGUCACAGGUCUACCCCCUUGGAAACUAGCUGAUAUUCGGGAGGGAGUUUGUUACAUUGGAUUGGUCUUUAAGAACGAUGACCGACAUAUGGAUCGUCGGAUUGCCUGUUGCGCUGCUCAGAUGUUUUUAGAUUCUGGCGACGGGCAGGUAUUCAAAGGGGCUGUUGGGCCCUGGUAUAAUCCAGACACCAAAGAAUACCACCUAUCCAAAGAUAGCGCGAAAGACUUGUUGACUAAAGCGCUUGCAGACUAUACACGUAAGCAUGGAUCGCCUCGAGAAGUAUUUAUUCAUGGCCGUACCAGUUUUGAUAACAACGAAUGGCAGGGUUUCCAAGAAGCGGCUGGUACAGCUAAGCCAGAACGUGAACCUGCUGAAUACCGGCUGUAUCAGUUUGACCGGGCGAUUCUGCCGGGUGAUUCGUUAGUGCUUGAAGUUCAUUCCUGGCAGGUCUAUCCCGGCUUCAGCAAUGAUACCUACGCCGAAAAUAUGCUGCAUAACGGCACUCUUUUUAAAGGCGGAUUGCCAAGCCUGGGUUACGAUGCUUCCGAGGAGUUGACCGAUCCGUUUGAACGCCGAACCUAUCAUUUACCUACAAGAACAGCGCCCGGUGAUAUUCCGCAAAAUGACCCUGCCGGACGGGCAACCUUGAAAGCGGGCCCUACUAUUGACCUGUUAAAUCUGGACCUAACCGUUAGCACCUCCGCUGAUCAAACGGCGCUCGCACCCGGAACAUUGGUUAACCAAUGGAAGCAGAACGGCCGCAAUUAUUUUCAGUAUACACAAACCGAUCCGGGACUUUAUAUGCCCAUUAAUAUCCUAUCUGCCCAAUAUGCUGUUUUGCAGGAUACGGUGCAAUUGAAUCACCCGGUGGCAAUCGCUAUUUAUUAUCAUCCGCAACAUGCCGCCAAUAUCACCCGCUUUAUGGCCGCCUAUAAAGAUGGCCUGCAUUAUUUCAGCCAGGCUUACGGGGAUUACCCAUUCAAGGCUAUCCGCCUGGCCGAGACCAACGUUUAUCAAAACAAAAUAACUUCGCUGGCUACGCUCGAUGCCUAUACAGAGGAUUUUGCCUGGAACGCUCAGUUCAGCGACCCGAACCAGUUCGAUUAUACGUAUUUCCGUACCGCCC